AUGGUUCAGGCUGCUGCGAUCCGCAAGCGCUCUGAAGAUCUCAUCGAUAUCGAGACAUUCACCGAGUCCGACUGCAGCGGCGAAAGCCAAAAUUACGAAGAUAUUUCGCCUGGUCAUGUCUCGCAGUCGCUUGGCAGUCCCAGGGCGGCGUUCAGGGUCAUCCAGAGCCAGAACUCCUGCUCCAUUACCCUGCAUGGCGAGAAUAACCAAGAGACGGUCAUUCCCGCAUUUGCCUUGGCGCCUGGCACCUGCCUCCAUACUAACGACGGGCAGGAAUUCAUCUCGUUUGAGUACAGCUGUAACGGCGGAACCCCCACCGUGAACCAACUGUACGCCAGCUCCGCUCAUUGGUGA